GAAGAAAAUAUCGUCGUCGUCGUCUCUGAAUUAAACAAAGUAAGAAACAGAAUUGAGUAAAAACUAUUUGAACUUCCAGUGAGUAAAAAAACCUCCCUCGAUUCCAAAGAAAAUUCCGAUGGUUCGAUUCAGUUUCAGUUUCCGUGUCCGAAGACGAACAAGUUCUCUGUUUCUGUAAUCCGAAAGCUUUACCCUUUUUUUUCUUUUCCUCGUUAGGGUUCCCUCUGUUCUGCUCGAUAAGGAACAGUGUUAGUUUCUCAAAAGAUGAACAGAAGCAGCAGCAGCAACUCGGAAGGUGCUAAAGCAGAGCAGAUCAUAUUCGAGUUCUUUGCUAAAAGCCUCCACAUCAUUCUCGAAUCAAGGACUCCUUUCAUGUCUUCAAGAAACUUCAGCGGCGAGCAGAUGAUCUUCUCAUCACCUUCCUCGUCUUCCUCCUCUUCCUCAAGCGUCAGGCCUCGUGACAAAUGGUUCAACUUAGCUCUCAGAGAAUGUCCCGCAGCGUUGGAGAGUUUCGACAUCGGUCGCAGAAGCACCUUGGAGCCUCUGGUUGUUGACGUGGUUCUUGUGGUGGCGAGGCCGUUUGAUCAUCAGAUGGAUGAUUCUCCUGGUGGGGCCAGGAACGAGCAGAUCAUUGAGAGAUGGGUUGUGCAGUAUGAUAACAGAAAGGUUAGGGACACUAGUAGUAGCAGGAGGUCAAGUAGUAGUAAUAAGUUGCAAGUGAUGUAUAAGAAAGCAACUCUGCUUCUGAGAUCACUCUUUGCCAUGGUUAGGCUUCUACCUGCUUACAAGAUUUUCAGAGAACUCAACUCCUCUGGGCAGAUCUUCAAGUUCAAGCUCGUCCCUAAGGUUCCCACCGUAAUCGAACCUUUCACUCGCAGAGAAGAGGCGGAGAUGCACAAGUUUGCUUUCACGCCGGUUGAUACGAUCUGCGGUAGACUCUGCAUGUCUGUGCUGUACCGAUCUCUCUCGGAUGUCAGCUGCUGCCAACAACACUCGGCUCCUCUGUCUCCAACGUUUAUCACCGAUUACGUUGGAAGUCCUUUGGCUGAUCCUUUGAAAAGGUUCCCUUCUCUUCCUCUUUCUUACGUCGGCUCACCGUCACCGCCUUUGCUGCCGUUUCAGAGGCGUCAUAGUUGGAGUUUCGAUCGCUGUUGCAAGGCCUCUUCUCCACCACCACCUUCGGUUUCUUGCUCACCGUCUCCUCCUACACGGUCUGAUUCACAGGCGGCGUUGGUUACUAAUAAUCCUUGUUCCCUUCGGCGUCGCCUUCCUCCUCAUCCUUGUGAUGUACCGUCUGGUCGUAGGAAGGAAAGCUAUGCUGAAGAUUUUUCUCCUGGUUGUUCUCCUUCAGUCCCAAGAAGCAUCACGCGUACUGAAAGUGCUCCAGUCAGGAUUCCAGCUCCUACUUUGGUGGCACCUUCUUCUCAUUUGAAACUUUCGAGGCACGCUUCUUUGAAGCCAGUUAGAAACUCUGGUCCUGUUGAAUCUGGAGCAGCUUUGGAGAAGCUGCAUAUCUAUGGGAGAGAAGACUUUAGGAGGAAGCUAUCUUCAAACAGCUCACCUAGGAUAUCAUUUUCUAGAAGUUCAAGUAGAUCAUACCAAGAUGAUUUUGAUGAUACUGAUUUCCCUUGUCCGUUUGAUGUUGAGUACGAUGAGAUUACAGAUCCUAGCGAUAGCAGACCAAGCUCUUUUGAACAGAGAGGAGGAGAUGCACAUGAACAACCACCACACGAGUUGUCAAGCGGCUCAUACCCAAAGAAGUCACAAGACGCUGCAGUCGGCGCUCUAGUGAAUAUGCUGAAGAAAGCUCCACCUCUCAGACAAGAUGUCUCUGAAUCCGUCAUACCUGAACUCUGUUGGAACAACAAUGAGAACAAACCAGGAGGGGGUCAGGAGAUAGCAACGGCGUCAAUGACAGCGUCAGGAAUAGCUCUAGCGGCAAAGACAACAGCUGAUGCGUUGGAAGAGCUUAGGUCUUACAAGGAAAUGAAGAAUGUGCUGCUUAGCCAAUCCAAAAUGGAUUCGUCUUCACCCUUUGCUGUUUCAGAAUCUUGACCUUUAGUCUGGGUGUUGUUUUUUUUUUUUCUUUCAAAAUUUGGUCUGAUAUUACAAAAUGUGCCUAAACCUAUCCAUGUAAAUAAACUUGAUAUCCAACCAAAAAAACAUUGUAAAUCUACCGUAAAACCUUUUUACACUUAAAUACUCAGUGUAAACAAAUUAUUUAUUUA